UAACGCGGCAAAUUGGGUGCACAGAGCAAAAAUAAAGGUGCGCCCAGAUGCGCCGUUUUGCACAGGAUCUACAUACUCCGGUGCAAUUAAUAUGCCAAACCAGCCAUCGCUAUUCACUCCUUGAUAUCUUUAGCAACUAGCUUUCAAGACAUCGAGGAAAACUAAUAUGGUAGUUCCAUCCUUAUUCUCUCCUUCAAAGAUCCUUCCUUUUCCUAAUCCCAAGCAAAUGCAACUUUCCUCAGCUACAAAAUCCCCAAAAUUUCUUUCUGCUUUGUUGCACCCAAUACCCUGCACUUUCUAUACCGGGCGAACAAUGGUUACGGUUCUGGGGGUCGCUGGUCUUGCUUUAGUCUCCAUUUCGGGGCCUGUUUCUGCUUCUGAGCUAGCUGCAAUGGGCUCAUCAGCUAUGCAAUUUUCUGAACCUUCCAAUGCCCUUUCUCUACCCACCUGGGCUGUUCAUGUCUCCAGUGUCAUCGAAUGGGUCACUGCAAUGGCCUUGGUUUGGCAAUAUGGAGAGAGGUCAGGAUAUGAAUCUUGGAAAGGGCUAUCAUGGGGUAUGAGAUUGGUGAAUUGCAAUCGACAUAAAGCAAGAUAAUGAGCGGUUCUGUUUGAAAUGGUCAAUUGUUGGCAGUAGCACGAGUGUGCCAUUACUGGGUGGAGCACUUUGUGCCUGCACUUGGCAUUUCUUCUAUAACUCGGAAUCUCUUGAGGUAAACAGAAACUCAUAUUGGGCGGGGGCGGUAGAAGGGUGAGACUUUGUUGAUUGUAUUAACCUUUUGCAACCUCCUUGUUGAACUUCAUAUCCAAAUCCAGAUUCAAUGUGACUUUUCCCCUGUUCUAUUAUCAGAGAGCCAAUGGAGGACCAGUGGUGGCAAUAGCCCCCCUUCCCAAUCUUGUUCUAUAUACAACAGUUUAAUUAUGUUUAAUUUUAAUGAAACUUUGAAUUUCACCAUUCUAAAUUCUGGUAAACAAUAAUUUGCUUCUUACUAUGCUACCACCUUUCCUUAAUGAGUAGUAGUACCUCAUCUAGUCCUUUUGGCUCUCCUUAUAAUAUUAGUUAAUCCAUGCUUGCACUGUUCCCAUGCAUAUCAGAUUUUGGUGGCUCUUCAAGCAGCUUUGACUGUAAUUGGUAAUGGUACAAUGUGUAUUGCUGCAUUCCGCAUAUAUAAAUCAUCUCAGAGGAGUUCCAAAUAGCUGCACAUUCACCUUCUUUGGUUGAUUUUAUAGUGUUGUACUUCCCAAAUAUAAAACAAUUAUGUAUGGGUAAGAUGUAAUGGCUUUGUUCAGCAAUUGGCUGCUAACUAUUAGUUGAUUGUGUCGAUGGUUUGUGUUAAUUGUUUUUAUUUCUUGAUUAUGUUAACUUGUUAAAAUUAAUUGUUCGGUAAAGUUGGUUGUUCCUAAAGAACAUCAAGUGUAAAACAUGUGCAAGGAGCUGAUAUUUCUUUAUUAGUGGUA